AUGGGCUCCUCUGGAGGCGAGUGGAUCUUGGCCAAGAAGCAGAUGCAGACAACUUCAUUCGAGGCAUGGGGAGAAGCAGGCAGACACAAAUCUGGCCAGGACCCGUCCGAGGGGUUCUGCCCGACGUGCUGGCACCUCAAGUCGGGAAACAUCGUGAUCGUCAGUGCCUAUCUCCUCCCGCAGUUCGGGUUCAAGGAGGCCAACCAGCGGACCCUGGUAAGGCUCGGUGCCUUCCUCCGCCAGCUGCGGGACCCCUGCGUGGUCUUGGGCGACUGGAACAUCACGCCAGACGAAUGGGAUAAGACACAAUGGCUCAUGAAGCUCAACGCGGAGAGGCUGCUGGUGGAGAACUGCACCGCCACGUGCAACAGGGGCUCGGGCAGCGCCAUCGACUAUGCCCUCGUCUCGAAAGGUACGACAGGCCACCUGAAGCUGCAGGCGGUCGAGGAGGUCCCUUGGAAGGAUCACAUAGGCCUGAAGCUCACGAUAAAGGACGGCAAGCAGAGGUGGUGGCGCAGGAAGCUGGACAUCGCGCACGAGCUCCCCACGGUCCCGCGGCCCAAGAAGCAGGCCGACCCGAACAGCAAGAGGCAGAAGGGCAUUCAGAAGGCCAAGGAGGAGAGGCGCGCCAGGCUCCACGAGCACCUGCAGGCCGCCUUUGACGAGAUGUACGAUGAUCUCGACGAAGAUGAUGACACCAGGGAGGCUGUGCCCACCACGGCCUUCAACAUCCCAGUGCAAGUAUGGGAAGAAGCGAGCGUAGCAGUUGAAGCCAGAGGACUGACCCCAGGAGUGAAAGCCUGGCCGAGACCAGCCGCCCCACCGACAGCAACAACGAGAUGCAAACAGAGCAAGUACCACUUCUUGCUGAUGAGGGAUCCACAGGGCCAGCAGAAGAUCGACAGCCAAUUCGCGAGGUGGAUCACGACCCUGGAGCUUGCGACCCUCCAGCACCACGAGAUCGACACAGACGAACAGGACGCCUACAUGGGCAGAGGAAGAGGAUAUGCCACUAAGUGGGUCAGGACCUCGGCCACGCCGGCGCGAGCGCACCUCCGAGACCCACACCUCGAGUGGUGGCACAUUGCGGUGACGCUCCUCAAGCGCUACGAGAUGCUCAGGCGCACCGACAGGAUCACAGAGGCCGCCAGCUGCAACGGCAAGAUAGUUGAGAUCAUGCAGAAGGCCGAGGAGAUGCAGAUCCACGAGGUGUUCAACAAGGACGACGGCGAGGAGUUCAGAAACUUGAAGGCCAUGUUGAGGACGCCGCAGGACAUCCCCGUCGAGGAUGUGAUCCCCGUCAUCGAGACCAGCGAGAGGUACCAAGGGAGGGCCGUCGGGCAGGCACUCACCAAGUCGAGGAAGGCCUACCAGAGCUGGGCAAUCAAGAUGUGGAAUGAAGCUCCGCGGCACCUCCACAACAUGGUCAAGGAUCCGAGACCUGAGACAGUUGAGAAGAUCCAGCAAGGGAGAUCCGUGGCGGACCCUGACCAGAUCAUGAGCAACCGAGCUGACGAAUGGGAAAAGCACUGGGCCGACCCCAGCGUGACCCCCGACCAGAUCCUCGACGGCAUCCACAUGGUCAUGGGCCGCGCCUGGCAGCAACCCUUGGCCCCGCUCCAGCUGCAGCAGCUGGACCGCCUGCUCCCCGCCAUCACAGCCACCAAGGCCAAAGGGAUCGACAACAUCGGGCCGCUGGAGGUUCAGAUGCACCUGACGCCGAGGCUGCUGAAGGAGCGGCAGUGGGUCAGCAGGGAGGUCCAGCCGUGGCGCUCCAUCCUGGCUGGCUCUCCAGAGGGUGUACGGCUGGCCAAGGCCUUCAUGGGGCCCAUCCUCCACCGUGCGCAGCUCACGAAGCAGGCGGACAUAGGCCUCUGGACGUUCGUAGACGACACGGUCCUGCGCUCCCAAGGCACCGAGGCCAAAGUGGAGAAGCAGCUGAUCGACAACGGCGCCAUGCUGGGCGAGUGCCUCAAAGAGGCGGGCCUCACGGUCUCCCCGAAGACCACGGUGAGAGCAAGCUCUCCGAAGCUGGCCAUCGCCAUUGCAAAAGGCCUCCAGCAACGCGGCAUACCCGCCAAGGCUGAGGGCAACUUCACUGACCUGGGCGUGGACUGCAACGCCGCGAGCAUGCGCACACGACGCAAAGGGCGGUGCCUCACCAGCACCCUCGCCAUGCUCUACGGCAGAGGUGAUCCAGCCAAGAGCAUCCCGCGAGAGCAGCUGGCGGCCUGGCUGGACCAGUGGUUCGCCCACCCCGAGCUGCACGCCAGGAUCGCCAGGGCCUGGCAACCGUCGCUCAGGAGGCUCCGUCUGGCGGGUGAGAGCCGCUGGAGGAGAGUGCGUGGGCCAAUAUCGGCCACAGUGGCGACCCUCCUUGAUGCAGGAUGGGACCCUGUCGACCACGACUUCUGGGUCACGGACGAGGACGUGGGCUGGCGGUUCCCCAGCCCCGACCAGCCGAGCUUCGCGGAGGCGGCGGCGGACUACGUGGAGCUGCUCUUGGACUACGAGCGGUCCAUCGACAGGAAGCUCUGGAAGCAGGCAGCGCUGCACCAGGGAGAGUUGGCUCUGGAGUUUGUGCCCUCGAAGCUCUCCCAGCAGUGCUAUGACGACCCCGCCUUCGUGGAUGAGAUGGGCUACACGUGCGCCAAUCUGGUAUGGUACUACUGUGACUCAGUGGCGGACAGCUUCGGCUACACGCAGGAGGGCCAGGAGGCACUCGUGGAGAGCUGCCCCCAGACGUGCGGGACGUGCACCGACAAGGACGGCGAGGCCUCGCGGCCCCACAGCCUGACGCUCGACGGCGGGGGCUCGGACCAUCCAGGGGAGCAAACGCCCGCGGUGGAGUGGACCGCCGUGGAAGCGCACCAGGGGAGCAGGCACGGCGGGAACACCUGUUGA